UCCCGGAGGAGGCACAGGGAGCGGAGCCGUCUGCAGGACGCCCGGGGCACCUGGGCACACAGGGGAGCCCAUCCCAGAGUCUCUCCAGCUCUGGCAGCGACCGUCGAAGGGUCCCCAUGAAGGGCGAAACCCCCGUCAACAGUACCAUGAGCAUCGGGCAGGCCCGCAAGAUGGUGGAGCAGCUCAAGAUUGAGGCCAGCAUGUGCCGGAUAAAGGUAUCCAAGGCAGCAGCUGAUCUGAUGACAUACUGUGAUGCCCACGCCUGCGAAGACCCACUCAUCACCCCGGUGCCCACCUCCGAGAACCCGUUUCGUGAGAAGAAGUUCUUCUGUGCCCUGCUCUGAGCCUUGCCUGCCCCACCCCUCAGCUACAGCCACCGUGUAAUGCCCACUCUUAGCCUCUCCUCCCACUCUGCCCGGGUGAUUGGGCAGGACUUCCCAGGUAGGGCCUGACCCACCGCCAAAGUCUCAGGCCUCUCCACCACCCAAACUUCCACAGACAGGGCACCUGCCCGGAGCACAAGCCCCCAAAGCCCCUCCCCUUCAGGGGGAACCCAUCCCACCCCUACCCCACACACAUCAAAGCAGGAGGGGGUAUCACACCUCACCCAGGCAGGAGUCACAACAAGUCCUGCUCCCCUCUCCAGGCCUGGGGCAGCUGAAGCUGCAGGCCCAUCCCCAGCAGCAUCACACUGACCCCGAAUCAUCCCAUUUCCAUUAGGGGGGAGGGUGUUAGCUCCCAGCCUGCUGCUCCUGGGUGCCAAAGGGGGAAAGAGGCUCAUCCCCUUCCCCCAGGGCUGGAGGGGCAGCGCCCAGAUUGCAGGGCUCAGCCGCUCCACACAAUAUAAA